CGACAAUAACAUUCGACCAUGCACUCUCAUGCGCUUGGCUAGAGCACUACUGCCCGCAGCUCGACCUCUUGUGCGUGCAUCGACCGCUUCUGCUCCUGGCCUCUCGCUACGCGCCUGCACCCAGCCAGCUUUGUUGCGGCACCACCGCGCCCUCUCGACACCGAGCCGCUCGACGACCAUGGCCAAGCCGACGUACCGCUACAUCUCGGCGGAUGACCUAGCAGCCCUCCUCAAGUCGGAGCCCGAGGGCGCGUUCAAGUCGUGGGCCGUGAUCGACGUACGCGAUAGCGACUUUGCGGGCGGGAACAUUGUCGGCGCGGCAAACUACCCCAGCGAGGUCUUCCUCGCCGAGGUGGACGCGCUGGUCCGGCGCGCUGAGAACGUGCCUGUUAUCGUGUUCCACUGCGCGCUGUCGCAAGUCCGCGGACCCAAGGCUGCACGACGAUACGCCGAGGCGCGCGAAACGCAGCUCAAGGACGCCGCGCCGGCGCAGGAGAUCCUCGUCCUCCGCCAGGGCUUUGAGGGGUUCCAGUCGCGAUACCGCGACGACAAGGCGCUCGUGGAGAAGUUUAACAAGUUUUACCAUGACUAGAGGG